GGCGCCAGCGGCCUUCUGCCCUUCUCCAUCAUGGCGGUAACCAGACCCGCCUCCGUGGGCGCCGGAGUCAUGUGACCGACACAAUGGCUGAGCGCCUACCCCAGGCUUCCCGGCAACGCCGAGGGAAAGCCAUGACGGCCGCCGCGGGUUCGGCGGGCCAAGCCGCGGUGCCCCUGCUGCUGUGGGCGCUGCUGGCACCCGGCGGUGCGUACGUGCUCGACGACUCCGACGGGCUGGGCCGGGAGUUCGACGGCAUCGGAGCGGUCAGCGGUGGCGGGGCAACCUCCCGACUUCUAGUAAAUUACCCAGAGCCCUAUCGUUCUCAAAUACUGGAUUAUCUCUUUAAGCCAAACUUCGGUGCCUCUUUGCAUAUUCUAAAAGUUGAAAUAGGUGGUGAUGGACAGACAACAGAUGGCACCGAGCCCUCCCACAUGCACUAUGAAUUAGACGAGAAUUAUUUCCGAGGAUAUGAGUGGUGGUUAAUGAAGGAAGCUAAGAAGCGGAACCCUAAUAUCACACUCUUGGGACUGCCAUGGUCGUUCCCUGGAUGGCUGGGGAAGGGUUUCAACUGGCCUUAUGUAAAUCUUCAGCUGACUGCCUACUAUGUCGUGACCUGGAUUGUGGGUGCCAAGCAUUAUCAUGAUCUGGACAUUGAUUAUAUUGGAAUUUGGAAUGAGAGGGCAUUUGACAUCAAUUAUAUCAAGGUGUUAAGAAGAAUGCUGAACUAUCAAGGUCUCCAGCAAGUGAAAAUCAUAGCAAGUGAUAAUCUCUGGGAGCCCAUUUCUGCUUCUAUGCUGCUUGACUCUGAGCUCUUGAAGGUGAUUGAUGUUAUAGGAGCUCAUUACCCUGGGACCCAUACAGUAAAGGAUGCUAGGUUGACUGGGAAGAAGCUUUGGUCUUCUGAAGAUUUUAGCACUUUAAAUAGUGAUGUGGGUGCAGGCUGCUGGGGUCGCAUAUUGAAUCAGAAUUAUAUCAAUGGCUACAUGACUGCCACAAUUGCUUGGAAUUUGGUGGCUAGUUACUAUGAACAGUUGCCGUACGGGCGUUGUGGACUGAUGACUGCUCAGGAGCCCUGGAGUGGGCACUAUGUAGUAGAAGCUCCUGUCUGGAUAGCAGCUCAUACCACUCAGUUUACUCAACCAGGUUGGUAUUACCUGAAGACAGUUGGCCAUUUAGAAAAAGGAGGAAGCUAUGUAGCUCUGACGGACGGCUUAGGUAACCUCACCAUCAUCAUUGAAACUAUGAGUCAUAAGCAUUCCAUGUGUAUACGGCCACUUCUUCCCUAUUUCAAUGUUUCACAACAAUUUGCUACCUUCAUUCUUAAGGGUUCUUUUAGUAAAAUACCAGAGCUGCAGGUGUGGUAUACCAAACUUGGAAAACCAUCGGAGAGAUUUCUUUUCAAACAACUGGAUUCUCUAUGGCUCCUAGACAGCGGCGGCCGCUUCACGCUGGACCUGCAGGAGGACGGGCUGCUCACGCUUACCACGCUCAGCACCGGCAGCAAAGGCAGUGACCCGCUGCCUCCGAGGUCCCAGCCCUUUCCCCGCGUCUAUAAGGAUGACUUCAAUGUCGAUUACCCAUUUUUUAGUGAAGCUCCAAAUUUUGCUGAUCAGACUGGUGUAUUUGAAUACUUUAUGAAUAUUGAAGACCCUGGAGAGCAUCGCUUCACACUGCGCCAGGUUCUCAAUCAAAGGCCCAUUACUUGGGCUGCUGAUGCAUUCAACACCAUCAGUAUUAUAGGAGAUUACAAAUGGUCCAAUUUGACUGUAAAGUGUGAUGUGUACAUAGAGACCCCUGAGAAGGGAGGUGUGUUCAUUGCUGGAAGAGUGAAUAAAGGUGGUAUUUUGAUUAGAAGUGCCAGGGGAGUUUUCUUCUGGAUAUUUGCAAAUGGAAUCUACAGAGUUACAGGUGAUCUAGCUGGAUGGAUCAUAUAUACUUCAGGACAUGCUGACGUUACAGCAAAAAAAUGGUAUACACUCACUUUAACUAUUAAUGGUGGUUUCUCUUCUGGCACGCUGAAUGGCAAGCCUCUCUGGAAGAACGUCUCUGUGAACUUCCCGAAGAAUGGCUGGGCUGCGAUUGGAACUCACUCCUUUGAAUUUGCACAGUUUGAUAACUUUCGUGUGGAAGCCAUACACUAAUACAGAGUGCCACAGAACACUCUCUGGAUUUUCUUUCUUUUUGGUUUUGGUUCAGAGCCAUUUCUGGUUUUGAUGGAUCAAUAUAGGAGGCUUUUGGAAGCUACAAAUAAUGAAGAGUAAAUGAGGAGAAAAAUAUAUUUUUGCUUGAUCAUCUUGAAGAUUUUUUUUUUUUAGAAUUCCAAGGGGAAACAGAUGAAUCUUUAAUAUGACCUGAUACGUCCCGUAGAUAGGACACUAGGUGACUGGAAGGAGGAAGAAAACCCUAUGUAGCCAGUGCUGUGAGUGGGUCCAAAGGUAAAAUUGUAGCAGUUUUCUUGUGUUUCAUUUCAUUGUGCCUUUCAUGGUCUGUCUUCUCUUGUGGCACUGGUGACAAACUAAAAUAACUAAUGAACACUUUUAUCUCCUCAUGCCUGGAAUAAAAGGAACACCUAUCUAGUUCAUAGAAUUGGAUCAUCCUCUAAUAUUUUGUGUGGUUAGAAGCAUUUCUUUUGUUAAAGUACAAAUAUAUUUAAGUAUAGGUGAGCAUAUUUCUCAUGCAGUAUAAUUUAUAUCUAAUCAUUAGUGUACCUCCUAGAAGCAAAUCAAUUAUUCAUGUGGAUAAAGUAAAUUCUGGAAUUUUUUAUAAUGAAAGUUUAAAGCUAUUGAACUAAUUCUACAAUUUUGGAAUUUGUAGUGAUUUAAUGUAGACUAAACUGACAUGAAGUUUUGUAUUACUAUUGGAGACAAGAAGCUAAAUAUUAGAGUAAAUCAGAUUACAGAGAAAAUUUUAAAAUUUAAACCAAGUCUAAGUGAUUUCCAGUUUAGGUCCCUACAUAUUUUUUAAAAUUAACUUUAUUGAGGUAUAGCUUACAUACAAUAAAAUGUUCCCAUUUUAAGUUUACAGUUCAAUGAGUCUUGAUAAAUGGAUAUAACCAAGAUAUUGAACAUUUCCAUCACUCCAGAAAGUUCUCUUGUAUACCUGUGCAGUCAUUUCCCCUCAUCCCCACCCCGAUCCCAGGCAACCAUCAAUCUGAUUUCUAUUACUGUUGAUAAGUUUUCUUUGUUCCAAAACAUUAUAAAAGUGGCAUCAUACACUUUGUACCCUUUUAUGAAUGGUUUCUUUUACUCAGCAUAAAGUGUUUGAGAUUUGUUUAUGUGCUGAGUAUAUCAAAGGUUUGCUCCUAAUUUCAAAGAGUAUUCCAUUGAAGGGGUAUACCACAGUUUGUCCCCCCAAUUUUUGGUAUUACAAAUAAAGCUGUUGUGAACAUUUGUGUACAAGUCUUUGUGUGGACAUAUGUUUUCACUUUUUCUGGGUAAAUACCAAGGAGUGAAAUUGCUUGAUCUUUUUGGAAAGUGUAUGUUUAACUUUAUAGGAAACUAUCAAACUGUUUUCCAAAAUAAUUGUAUGAUUUUACACUCCCAUUAGAAAUGUUUGAGAGUUUCUGUUGCUCUGCAUUCUUGACAGUGCUUCCUAUUGUUAUUCUUUUUAAUUUUAACCCUGUCUUGUGAGUUUGUAGUAGGUGCAUUAGCUGCUGGGCAUCUUUUCAAGGACUUAUUUCUCAUUCAUAUAUUUUUUUUGUGAAAUGUUUGUUCCAAUCUUUUUCUUUUUUUUUUUGUUCAAAUCUUUUGCUCAUUUAAAAAAUGUGGUUCUCUGUCUUAUUACUGAGUUGUAAGAGCUCUUUAUACAUUCCAGGUGCAAUUUUUCUUUUAAAUCAGAUAUGUAUUUUGUCAGUUUUCUCCAAGUCUAUAUCUUUUGAAGAGUACAAAAUUUUAAUUUGGAAGUCCAAUUUAUCAUGUUUUCCUUUCAUGGUAGGUGUUUUUUUGGUGUCCUAAGAAAUCUUUGUAUGCCCCAAGUUCACAAGGAUUUUCUCUUUUGUCUUCUAGAAGUGUAAUAUAUUUAGCUUUUACAUUCAGGUCUGUGAUCCACUUUGCAUUAUUUUUGUACAUGAUGAGAGGUGAGAAUUGAGGUUCAGUUUUUUCCUAUAUGGAUAUUCAGUUUUUCCAGCAUCAUUUGUUGAAAAGACCUUUCUUGGUCAAAAAUCAAUUGACCAUAUAUGUGUACAACCAAUAAUAAACUCUCUAUUCUGUU